ACUCUUGUUUUUCUCACAACCAUUCAUUUCUGCUUCCAUAAUAACAAUACUAUAUUUUCUCUUAACUACUACUAUUACUAAGCCAUGGCUGAUGAAGUGAUUCUGCUAGAUUUCUGGCCAAGUCCAUUUGGUAUGAGAAUCAGAAUAGCACUUGCUGAAAAGGGUAUUAAAUAUGAGUAUAAAGACGAAGACUUGAAGAACAAAAGCCCUUUGUUGCUACAAAUGAACCCUGUUCAUAAGCAAAUCCCUGUUCUUGUUCACAACGGUAAACCGAUUGCUGAAUCUCUUAUUGCUGUUCAGUAUAUUGAUGAGGUUUGGAAUGAUAAAUCUCCUUUGUUGCCUUCUGAUUCUUAUGGAAGAGCACAUGCUAGAUUCUGGGCUGAUUAUGUUGACAAGAAGAUACAUGAAGUUGGAUUGAAGCUUUGGAGGACCAACAAAGGAGAAGAACAAGAAGCUGGCAAGAAGGAAUUUAUAGAAGUCCUCAAAUUGUUAGAGCAAGAGUUGGGAGACAAACCUUAUUUUGGAGGAGACAAGCUUGGCUAUGUGGAUAUAGCAUUCAUCCCAUUCUAUACUUGGUUUAAAGCCUAUGAGACCUUUGGCAACCUUAAUAUAGAGAAGGAAUGCCCCAAGAUUCUCUCUUGGGCUAAGAGAUGUAUUAAGAUUGAGAGUGUUUCCAAGUCUCUUCCUGAUCAGGAUAAGGUCUAUGACUUCAUUGUAGAAAUGAGGAAGAACUUGGGCAUUGAAUAGAAAUGUUGGAGAUGUUAGGUUAUAAUGAUUUCACUUGGCUUAACAUUUCUGAUAGAAUAAUAAUGUUUGUGUACAAUAAAAGCCAUUUAGAUGUGCCAAGCAUGACAAUGGUGUGGUUUGUUAUUAUGAUGAAUGUUUAUCUUUGAACGUCACAAUUUGAAUUUAUUUAUUUUAAGUUUAUGUGAGUUUCUCUACUGAUAUAGGUCGUUAUAUUAGUGUUUGGAUAAAUUAAUAAAAAGUGUUUAUCACAA